CAAUCACACCUUGCCCUGCGGAUUAAGCUCUGCCAACGUCGCUAAUGGCGGUGGUUUACCUGCUGUUAGCCGCGGUAAUCGCCUCCUGCCAUGCACAGGCCACGCCCGGCGACCUUCCCUGGCCGGCCUCCCUCGCCGCGCUCGCGGCGGAGGGCAAGCUCCGCACCGACAGCAACGCCACCGUGCCGGCCUCCAUGGACUUCGGCAACAUCACCUCCGCGCUCCCGGCGGCCGUGCUCUACCCGUCGUCCACGGCCGACCUCGCCGCGCUCCUCGGCGUGGCGCACGCCACCCCCGGGUGGCCGUACACCCUCGCGUUCCGCGGCCGCGGCCACUCCCUCAUGGGCCAGGCCUUCGCCCCCGGCGGCGUGGUCGUCAACAUGCCGUCCCUCGGCAGCGACGCCGCCGCCCCGCGCGUCAACGUGUCGGCGGACGGCCGGUACGUGGACGCCGGCGGCGAGCAGCUGUGGAUCGACGUGCUGCGCGCGUCGCUGGAGCGCGGGGUGGCGCCGCGGUCGUGGACGGACUACCUCCACCUCACCGUCGGCGGGACGCUCUCCAACGCCGGCGUCAGCGGCCAGACGUUCCGUCACGGCCCGCAGAUAUCUAACGUGUUCGAGCUGGACGUGAUCACCGGCCGCGGGGAGACGGUGACGUGCUCCAAGGAGCUCAACGCUGACCUGUUCGACGCCGUCCUCGGCGGGCUGGGCCAGUUCGGCGUGAUCACCCGCGCCCGGAUCGCACUCGAGCCGGCGCCGGCGCGGGCGCGGUGGGUGCGCCUCGUGUACACCGACUUCGCCACCUUCACCGCCGACCAGGAGCGGCUCGUCCGGCCGCUGCCCGGCGGCACGUUCGGGCCGAUGAGCUACGUCGAGGGGUCGGUGUUCGUGAACCAGAGCCUCGCCUCCGACCUGAAGAACACGGGGUUCUUCUCCGACGCCGACGUCGCCAGGGUCGUCGCGCUCGCCAAGGAGAGGAACGCCACCACCGUGUACAGCAUCGAGGCCACCCUCAACUACGACAACGCUACGGCUGCUGCCUCGGUGGAUCAGGUGCUCAAGUCCGUGCUGGACGGGCUCAGGUUCGAGCCGGGGUUCGCGUUCGAGCGCGACGUGGCGUACGUGGAGUUCCUGGAGCGGGUGCACAACGAGGAGGUGGCGCUGAACAAGAUCGGGCUGUGGCGAGUCCCCCACCCCUGGCUCAACAUGUUCGUGCCGGGGUCGCGCAUCGCCGACUUCGACCGCGGCGUCUUCAAGGGCAUCCUGCAAGGCACCGACAUCGUCGGCCCGCUCAUCGUCUACCCCGUGAACAAAGCCAAGUGGGACGACGGCAUGUCGGCGGCGACGCCGGCGGAGGACGUGUUCUACGUGGUGUCGCUGCUCUUCUCGUCGGUGGCGGGCGACCUGGCGAAGCUGCAGGCGCAGAACCAGAGGAUCCUGCGGUUCUGCGACCUCGCCGGGAUCCAGUACAAGAGCUACCUGGCGCGGUACACGAACCGCGGUGACUGGGUCCGGCACUUCGGCGCCGACAAGUGGAGCCGGUUCGUGGAGAUGAAGAACAAGUACGACCCCAAGAAGCUGCUGUCCCCCGGGCAGGACAUCUUCAACUGAUCAACCCAUGCGUCGCCACUAACUCGGUCGCAAAUGCUUUCUUGGGUUGAUAAUGUGAAUUCUCAGCCGUUAAUCUGUAUAUGUGAUCACUGAUCUCAAGGUCAUUUACGUCAUGGGAGAUAGUAAUAAAGUGAAAUUGCAUCUCA